UGUAAACCGACUGAGUGGCGCGUGCAGCUGAACACCUGCAGCAGGCUGCGAGUCCGCGCGCGGCACGAUGACCUUUCAGUGCGUCUGCAAUGUUGAUCCCGAGAACGUGGAGGGGGAAGAGCGGAAAACCGUUACGAGGGGCGGUGUCUUUGCAUCCGUCCUCUGUCGAAUUUCACAGUUUUGGCCCAUCAGUUUCGUGAUGCGUGGAGUUCGUGGCUUGUGGUGCCUGUUUGGGUUCUCCUCUCCUUCACGGGCCCUCUCUUCCCCAGCUGCGACAGAGCGAAGCUCUCCUAGUGUGCGGCAGUGUCGGAUAGGCCGCAAGCGCCUGCGAUGGUUCACUCGCGUGCUGUUGGCAGUCUUGCCUCGCCGGGUGCAGGGUGUGUUUGGCUACCCUGUCUGUGCCAGCAUUGGUUGCUCUGUCUCUCCAGAGGUGCGCUGCUCCCCCACCAAGCCCUGUGGGAAGGGCAGCAAGAGGAAGCAGGAUGACAUGGAUGACGAUGAUGAGGAGGAAGAGCAGUUGUCUUGGGUAGAGGUUCUCACCACGCAGAAUUUGGCUGAUGAGGACCACAGCGCUGACCCUGACUAUGAGGUCAGUGAAGUUGAUACAGACAGUGAGGAGUACCAGUCACACAAUGAGACAGAGAGUGACUUGGAAGUGGAGAAGGGGGUUGUUGUAAUCAAAGACUUGGAGACGGGAAUUCCUUCGCAGGCAUAGUGAUGGCAGAGUGGCGAGUCAAGUGGUUUCACCUUUCAGGAAUACACUCAACAGAUCAGCACUGCAGAAAGAAGCCAUAUUAGGAACCAAGCUUUCUAAUUUCCACCCCACAUUUUCAGUCAGAUUAAUAUCUGGACUGUCUGCUGCCAUGUUGAGUUGAUGUGCCUUUCCGGAAGGAAAGCUUUGCUCUGUAGCAGGAUGCAUUAUCUUCUUGAAAAAUGACUACUUCACCCACUUUAUUUUCUGUCAAUGGAAUGAGAAGUGUCCAAGAUUUGUGUGCACCUGUGGAAUGACUGAGGCUAUGAUUGCCAUCUCCCCUGGUCUUUUAUGUGACAUGCAAUCCCAUAUCAUAAAUGGGUGGGGAUAUUUUGCAGUCAUCUAUAUGUCUCAUUAGAAUGGCACCAGAGAAAGGUUCCCACAUCACCUCAUUGGCUAGUGCUGAUUCAUGAUUAAUCAUUGAAUAUGCAUUUCAUCCAAUCAUCCACAUUCUAUGAUUGCUUCUCUUUAGUCCACUAUAGCAGUUUUCUUCUGUUUAGGUGUUAAUGCUGGUGGUCUUUUGGCUUUUCUAUAUGCAAAUCUCCAUUUCAUUCAGAUGAUUUCUUACAGUUCUGUCUCACACACUGACGCCAUUUUUGUUGUGCAUUUUCUGUUUUCAAGUCAUAUUGCAUUGGGUUUUUUAUCCUUGUACUUUGAUGUCUUCCAUGGUCAACCCAUAUUUUUCCUAUUAGAACCCUCUCCUUUUGUUUAUUCUUGGGUUGUUGACACUGUCGACUGGGAACAACUAACAUGUCCCACCCAAACUGUUGAAUUUCCUUCUUGAAGAAGUUUUAUAAUCCUUUCCAUUCUUUCAGAUGACAACUGUCUUGUUGGGGCCGUGUCUUCUUUCAGGUAGCCAGUUCCUAUAGCUCACUGAUCUGUAAGCCCUUCCUCUUAAGUGCAAUGUGAUUUGCAUUCUUAAACUUGUGCAGGGAAUUGUUUUAAAAAUGGAAAUGGAAAGGUGCUGCCAUUAUUUUUUCCUCUACAUGAUCUGGAAAAGAAUUUCAAGGAAUUAAAAUAAUUUAGUUUCAUUUG